AUGACAGAGUCCGACGCGGCGGGGUGCGAAGUCACCAAACUGCUAAGAGAGUUGUGUGGCGGCGACGCUACGGGAAGGAAAAACGAACGAGUUUCGGGAGCUAAGAACGCCCAACUCCAUUGCGUCAAUAGCCAGAGCCCGCGCCAGCCAAACACUCCCCAGCUUCUUCGGAUCUUAGAAGAGACGAUACAAAAGAAAUUGCCGAGGCCGGCAAACCCUAAACCGUUAUCUAGUAGAGACUUGGAAAAGUUCCGCAUGACCUUCAAUAUAACGGAGAAGACGGUGGAGAAUCUAUUCCAGUACCGCACGAAGUUCGUCCAGCAUAUGCUGUCAAGUGCCAUGUACGCUAACAGUGCUGUGGAGAAACCAUGGGAGAUGGUUAACAGUGUAUCGGAACAAAUCAUUGACGAACUCCUGCUAUCGUGCGCGAAAGAGAUGGAGCUACAGCAAGUUGUUCAACAGCUUUACAAGUGUGAGACGCAAUGA